GCCAACUCUGAAAUUUGAAAACCACUGUUCACGAAUCAGUACCACAAUGACCAUGAAUUUCCGAUUGCACCAUUUUUCAUAACUAUUAUGAACCAAAAUUUGACCGAGCUCACCUAAUUAGGGCUUCAAUCUAAUUAUAAAAUCUCCGGGGUCCGACCACAAAUUUGUAACUUUGGCGACGUGCCGGCGACUGGCCCGACGAAACGUCUCUUUCUUGAAGUAAAAGGCAAAAAGAAAUUCACAGUCAACUGAUUGAUACGCUUUUGUCCUAAUACUCUCUGUCCUACAUUACAAAAAUUAUAUAUUCAAAGAUAUCCGAAAUUAUCCAGCCUACAAUAAAUCGAUCUUAUCCGAUUCCGACAUCCCAGAUCUUUCCACGUCAUCCAUAUCUGUCAAUCCCGCCCUCCGUUUAUAACUUCACAGUUUUCCUCCUCCUCCGUCGUCGUCUCCAUUUCUCUCCAUUUCCAAUGAUGGAGCAGUUUUUCUUUCAAUUUUUUUGUAGAUAAGAACUCAGGAAAAUCUCUCCCUUUUGGCUUUGAGCAAUCAAACCGUGUACAUGUGUAUUUUGUACGGUUGAAGAUGGGAAACGCUAGUGCAAGAGAAAACGGUGGCGGCAGUAGCGGCGCUGGCGGAGGCGGUGGUGGUGGUGAUGGGAUGCAGGGGACUGAAGUGUUAUCGAAUGGCGGUGCGAAUCCGGCACCUCAACCUCACGCGCUGACUGUGCGAGUGGGGUCGGCUGAUCUGAUGAUGAAUUCACCGCCCCGUAGUCCCCGGCGUUUCGACGCUGCACCUUUGAUGUUCAAUCCUCAGGUGCCAGCUGUCCCAUUACGUGGUGAUAACCCUCCAUUCUUCCAUCAGAUGCAAAGAGAUGAAAUCCCAGAGGCUGGGGGUCAGCAAUUCGAGCGUGGUAUACCUACUCUUAUAACAUGGAGUCAUGGUGGUAAUGAUGUUGCUGUAGAAGGGUCCUGGGAUAAUUGGAGCUCAAGGAAGAGGCUACAAAGAUCUGGAAAGGAUCAUGCCAUUCUCUUGGUGCUACCAUCUGGAAUAUAUCGGUAUAAAUUCAUUGUGGACGGCCAUGUGAGAUAUAUCCAAGAUCUUCCCUGUGAAGCUGAUCAUAUGGGACAAGUUUGCAAUAUUCUUGAUGUUCAGGAUUUCAUACCGGAAAACUGUGAGGGUGUAAAAGAGUUCGAGACUCCUCAAUCUCCAGACUCUAGUUAUAGUCAUACUCUUCUGGGAGAUGAAGAUUUCGCAAAGGAUCCUCUGGUUGUGCCACCACAACUCCAGCUGACUGUCCUUGACACAGAGAGAAUAGAUGGGGUAGCAUCUUCUUCUUCACCUCAGAGGCCUCAGCACGUGGUGCUUGACCACCUCUUUAUCGAAAAGGGGUGGGCCUCAGAAUCUGUCCUUGCUCUUGGUCUGACGCACAGAUUUGAACAAAAAUAUGUAACCGUGGUUCUAUAUAAGCCCUUUAAGAGGUAAGUCACUUCAGCUUGCAUGCUUGCAAGGAAGAAGUUACCAAUCGAAGUUGAUGUACAUAAUACUGCCAAAACUGUUAAGUGUCAAAACUUUUAUGUUUAGGACCCGGAAACCUUGUGAAAUAUCCAGUUUUAAAGGUAGCAUUUUUUAUAUUUUUGCUUCAUGUCGUCAUUUGGUUGUUGUUACCCGUUUCAUCUUAAUGUGCAGCCUAAUUGUUCUUGGUUUGUACUCGUAGUAAACUAGUCAAUAGCUCCCAAAAAAGGAUUUAAUUCUCUUUUUUAAUUUUUCCAACAGGAUACAACUACCUUUUUUUCCUGCACUAGUCAUAAAAACACCAAGUGGAAAACAAAUGUAGCAAAUGAGUAAUUUGAGAAUGGAGUAUCUUAAAGGAUGGGAUAUUAGUUUUAUUAUGGAGGGACAGAUGAGCAGAAGUCAGCCAUGAUUCAUUAUACUGUAUGAUUUAAAUAUUAUGAUUGGAUGCAUAUCAUAUUUAUAGGAUCCACAAUGUUCAAGAUAAUUCAUAACUGAUAAGGCAGGUACAGAACGUACCAUUGGCAUUGUACUACUUAUGGCGUUUUCUGGCCUCAGGUAUAAAUUACAAGUUCUAAUUCUAUCCGCUAAAAUGCCUUCUUUUCCCUCCUCCAAUUGGAAAAAAAAAAAAAAAAACAAAUGCCAUGUGUUUCACCAUAAUCGUCCAUGUUUAAGCAUUACAGGGCUCUUCCAGUGAACGGAACUCUAUAAUGCCGACAACUUCUGUUGACCGAAUUUGUUUUGCUGUUUGAUGUUGAUGCCGAGCAGAUAUUACCUUUUUUAUUUUUAUUUUUUUGGAAAGCACUGAACAUAUUACUUCCCAGGUCUUGUAACACUCACGGUUUGCUUGAACAUAUGUCUCUGCGGGUAUACUUCAUGGUAUUAUUCUUGAAAAACUGGUCUUUUUUAAU